AGGAAAGUAAGGUUCCCCACAGCUGACUGACUGAGCUCCAGCUGGCAGACUGUGAGGGCAGUUGUACCAUGGUGUGGGCUCAGCCACAAGGGGGGUCUCCCCACUGGGGUGCAUGUGGAGGCAGAAUCUGUCUCUUUAUGCUGUUGGCCAUUGGGCUGCUGUGUUGCGUGUGCUUGGUGUGUUCCGUGCCGCAGGGCUGUCCAAGACCUUGUCUGUGUGCCGGAGAUAUGGUGGUCUGCAGCAACCAGAACCUCUCCACCAUACCAGACCACAGCUUGGCCUUUGCCUCCAGGCUGGACCUUAGCUACAACCAGAUUGCUGGUCUUGCCCCAGACUGGACCCUGGACCGUCUGGACAAACUGGACGCGCUGAUUCUUCACCACAACGCCAUCAGCUACAUAUCGCCAAAGGCUCUGAGUAGGGUACCACAUGUGAGGUAUCUGGACCUGUCCACCAACAGAGUGAGGACCGUGAGCAAAUCCACAUUCAGUGACGUGAAGCACCUGGAAGUUCUGCUGCUGUUUAACAACCAAAUCACUACAAUAAGCCCACAGGCUUUUAGUGGACUUCAUAGCCUGCAGAGAAUAUACUUGAGCUGGAACAUGCUCUCUGAAUUUCCAUCUGGGCUUCUGGUGGGAAAACGCAAGCUUCCCCAGCUGGGAUUCUUGGACCUGUCCUACAACCUGCUCACACAGGUGCCUGUACUAGAGAUACUGUCUUUACCAGCAUGGCAGCAGGCUGGAAUAUAUCUUCAUGGAAACCUGUUAGCAUGUGGCUGUGCGUUGCACACAAUGCUUCAGCACUGGUCCCAGAAGCAAUUCCGUUCAGUGACUGACUUCAGAAGUGAUUACACAUGUCUCCUUCCUGGAGUCAGCAGGUCUUUGAGCGUGUUCUCUAUGCCAGCAGGAUUCAUGAACUGUUCAGGUAGUGCAGUGGAAGCCUCCUUGGUCUCCGGCCAUCGCGUGUUGGAAGUUCACGUAGGAGAAGCCAUUGUGUUGCACUGUGAGAGUGCUCCGCCCCGUGAUGUACACACCACCCUGCUAUGGGUCACACCUGCUCAGCAUGUGUUGCGGCCCGGCGUCCACACAGGGGCACUGCAUGUCUUUCCCAAUGGCACCCUUGAGCUCUACAAGGCUCGCCCUGAGGACUCUGGGAUCUAUACCUGCAUCGUUGUCAGCCCAGGGAACAACCUGAGCCAGAGCAUUGAGGUGUCUGUUAGGGUGGGAAACUUGAGCAGUGAUCGGUCCAGCCAGAGUUUCAGCACAGCUCUCACCACUUUAGGGUCCUGUGGGGUGAGCCUAGUGCUAGUUCUGCUCUACCUGUACCUGACGCCAUGCCGCUGCUCGUUUCGAACCAAGAAUGCUUCAAAACCAUAUGGAGACCACGCCACCAUGUUGAGUGAUGCAAACUGUGGUUAUAAAAGUGAUGUCAGCUGCAAGUGGAGGGAUGAUGCUCAAUGUCCAGGGGAGGAUGAUCCUCACUGCAAUGGGAAAGACGAUGCCCUCUGUGAGUGGAACAAUGGCACACACUGUGAGGGAAAGGCUGGCGGUGUGAAGAAGGUUGUGUUCCUAGAGCCUGACCACGAGUAUGAGCAUGAGUCUGACUGUGAGCAUGUCCAGAACAACCAUAUGUCUGGAGGUGGACCAUGGGGCAGAUCCCAAGGGAGCAUCCUGAAGAACAGCAAUGCCCAGGCCUCCUCCUCCACAGCAACAAUGGACUCACUUGCUGCUUAACUUACUCAGCAGUUGUGGGUGGUUCUAGGUACAACCAUGGAACUAGUUUCACGUUUGAUGGCUAUUUUCAUGUAUUGUAUUCCUAAGUGUGAUCGUGUUUGUGGUCAUUCACUAUAGGUUCAAUUCACACAUUUUAUUUCUUAUUGAAAGGAGCAUAUAACUGUCUUUAUUGUAGCUUUUAUGACUCGUAGAAGAAACAUGUGGAAGCAGUUAGUGCCCCAAAAGGGAACAAAUGUAUCCUUACUGAAGUACCAAAGCCAACCCUUGCACUCAUAAUACUUGCAGAAUAAAAGAACCCCUUGGGUCGAAUGUUAACUGUUGCAAAACAAAAAUUGUUAGAAUAUGAUACGAGGUACGUUAUUUGUCGACAUGGGAUGGCAAAACGUUGUGACCAAGAGGUUUCUGUGUUCUGUUCAUAUGCACAUUGUUGACACAUGUUCUUUGUUUUGAGGACUGUUUUUUGUAUCAGUUUCUAUGUAUACUGUACAACACGGAGG